UCGCGGCAUCCUACCCCAGCCUCUCCCCUUCUCCCUCCUUCCCCCCUCCCCUCCUCUUUCCCUCCCCUCUUGAGCCUUGCCGCCCGCUUUUCUGUCGCUGGCUUUCCCCCUCUUCGAGUGCGCCAGCCUCCCUGUGCCUGGCCCCUGUGCAGAUGGCGGACCGCGGUGGUCUUGCGGCCUCGGCGCCCGGGCCGCGCGUGGCCGGCGCCCCGACCGGAGGCCCUGACACCGUGGCCUCCUUCGCGGACUUCUCCGAGUUGGACACGUACAUCCUGAAGCAGGCGGCGGCCGGCCGGUCGCUCGACACCCUGCGCCGGGAUUUCACCACGCAACUGAAUGAGAUCAAAACUUCCCUCAUCGACCUGAUCCAUCGUGACUACACCGGGCUCCUGACGCUGGCGUCGGAUCUGAGCAGCCUGACGCCCGUGGUGCAGGCGUCCCGGGCGCCGCUCGACGACCUGGCCACCGAGCUGGCCACCACGCGCGACCAGCUCCUGGCAUCGUACUACUGCCUGGCGGCGGUGAUCCUGCGCCGGGCGCGGCUGGUGCACGUCCGCUCGCGGCUCGAGGCCUUCGGGCGUCUGGUGGAGACCAUAAACCAGGCCGAGCGUUUGACCGAGCAGGAUGCCGUCCAGUCUUGCGUGGCCCUCGAGAGCGCGGCCUCCUCUCUGAACCAAAUUUACUUCUACGAGAGUCUGGCAGCCGAGGCGACGGAUCCGCUGGCACGCCUGGCCUCAGCCGGGGCGGACCCCGCGGUCGGCGUCCUGUCGCCCGGCCUGGCGGCCACUGGACCGACCUCCGGCAUGGUCGGUGCGACGCCGGCGGCCCUUGCCGGGGCACCGGGGCCCGGGGGUGCGGGGCCUGGCCCCGGCUCCGGCGCCGGCUCCGGUGGCACCGGCAAAGACCCGGAGGCGUCGGCCGGUGCUGGCGGCCACCCCCGGCGGUGUGGCUUCCAGGCGUUGAUUGCGCCGUCAUUGCAGCCGGGCACGUCCGAGGGGUCCGGCUCGGCCUUCGUCAGGGGCUUUGUGGCCAUGGUGGCCGGGGCGGACCCGCUGUGCCUGAGGCCCAUCCCCCUGGCCCUGCCUGCUGGGCUGCCGGCGGAGCAGCUUCUGGCAGCAUGUGCGGCCACGGCGGCGGCCGCGGCCGCGGCGGCAUCCACGGCCGACGACACAUCGGCCCCGGCCGGCGGGACGGUGGCCGACCUGGCGCCGCCCGGGACCGCGGCCCUGCCCCCGGUGCAGGCUGUGCGCUUUAUUUCGACCCAGCUGGAGCAGGCCCUGCCACAGCUGCGUGAGCGCAUUGAGCGUCUGUCCCUGGUCCUGCGCGAGCGCCUGGAGAGUGCCUUCCUGCUGUUGCUCGACCAGAUCCGCGGUGCCGGGCCCGGCGCCGAGCAGCCAGGCCCGCUGGCAUCGUCGCUGUCCUCGUCAUCGUCAUCGCCACCAUCGUCCUCUGCCUCGUCGGUGGCCGGGGCGGCCGCGGCAGCCGGGCUCGGCUCCAUGGCCAACGAGCCUGGCGCCAUUUCGCACGAGGACCAACUUCUAUCCUUCCUGCGGACGUACGAUUGCCUCGGGCUGGCCGGCUAUGCGGAGCAAUUGUGCCGGACGCACCUGUACGAGCCGCUCAUUGCCCGCGAGUUCGAGCAGUACAACCGCCAAUUGCCGAUGCUCUUUGACCACGCCGGGGCCUCGACCGAUGCCGGCGGCGCCGCGCGCCAGGAGCAGCUGGAGCUCCGGCUAACCGAGCAGCUAUACGCCUCGCUGGCCAAGGUGGUGCAGCAUGAUCCCUGUGGGUUGAUCACCGUGGCUCGGGCGUCGCGGCUGGAGUUCGACUUUUUCUCCAACUCCUUCUGGCCUGCCCUGUCCGGGUCGAUUGCCAACCACAUGAAGAUGGCCUUCCAGCCCGGUCGGCCGGAUCUCUUCCAUGCGCACUACCGGCUCUUCUGCCAGUUCACCGAGCAAAUCCGCCAGGCCAAUGCCCUGCAUAUGGUGCUGGGCGAGGGCGGGUCGCCGGUGCUGGCCCCGGUCCCCUCGGCCGCCGGUCCCAUCUGCCAGUCGGAGAUGCUGCUGCACAAUCGCCUCCGCCAGCAGCUGAUGCCGGUGUACUAUCAGAUCCGCUUCCGUGAGCUGGCGGCACCCAUCGACGAGCUUCUCACGAGCCCAGUCACCAUGUAUCCGCUGCUCGUGCAGAAGGCGGCCUUGUCCCUGCAGAGGGCCUGGUCACCGGAGGUGAUCCUUCCGCCGAUCGUCCACCGCAUGUGCAAGUUCUCCCUGCAGCUGGUGGCCCAGGUGUCCGGGGCCUUCACCCCGGCCAAGGUGGCUUUGAAUGUGACCCCGGCACCGGGUGGCGCUGGUGCCGGUGCCACUGACGCCUUUCCCGAGGGUGUGUUUGAUUUGCUGGACAUCCUGGCCUGCGCGGAGUACUUCCAGCAGGCAGUCCACCGGGUCGUGGGCAGCGAUAUGCAGACUCAGUUGCCGGAUGUGGUGGGCGCCUCGUCCCUGCUUCGCGAUGCAUUUGCCGACGCACUGGAUCCCUUCGAGACGUUCUCUCGCAGUGCCGCAGCCCUGCUGGCAUCUGCCGUGGCCGAUAGCCUGCUCGGUGUUUCCGGGCCCGACGCUCGGACACUGACCGUCCAAGCCCUGGCCGAGGUGCAGGCCUUCCGCGGGCGGUACGUCUUCCUCGAGCCCGGGGCCGGCACGCACGCCGUAGACGGGGGCUGUCCCUGUCCCGGGGGGCCGGACGCGGCCGGAUCGCUGCCCAGCCGGCUGGCCAGCGACAUUCGCGCCAUCUCGGCCCGGUAUCGCAUGACAAGCCUCGGCCUGCCAGGGGCCCCGUCGCCGCAUCUGGUAGCCCUGUUCGGACGGCUGGACACCCUGCAGGCCACCUAUGCCGAGCGCUUGCGCGGGCACUUCCCGGCCCCGGUAUUGGCCACCUUCCUGCCGGGCGAAGGGACCGGGCUGCCGGCGGCGGUGCGCAUGCACCUGGCCGCCCAGCUGACCUGGCACUUUGCCGUGGCCACGCGUCAGCUGUUGGAUUUGGUGCGCAAGACGGCCGCCAGCCUGGAGCGCCUGCAGAAGCGAGCUCCGUCAGCUCCGGGGGCCGGUGUCGCCGGCACCGGCACCGGGCCCGGUGGCCAUCACUCGGACGAGGACAAGAUCCGCCGGCAAGUGGCCCUGGACUUGGAGUUCUUUGCGGCCGGGGUCCACCGCGUGCUGGCGAUCGAGCCGGCCGGGUCGUCGCCGGCCACCGGCGGGCCUGUAUGCCCGGCCUUCGGCCGGCGUCUUGGCGAGCUGUUUGCCGCGCUGCAGCGCGAGGUGGCCGACUCGCCUCGGUAAAGGCCCCCGGGGCUUGUCGCACCCUCAAGCCCCAUGUCCCACCUGCCUGUCACAAUGCCACAUACACGUGUGUCGCCAGGCGCUUGUGUAGCCCUGUCUCCCGGCCUUUCGUCCUGUCUGUGCAAAUGUGUGCGUGGGCCUUCACAAGGGGGCUGGGGCUGGGGAGUUGUUUUGCGUUUUAUUGUCACAGCUGCUCGCGCCGCAUCUGGCGGCGUCUUUUCUGUUGUCUAUAGUUGAGUGAAGCGCGCGUGUGCAUCUUUGUGCUUGUGCUUGUACAC